GAGAGUCGCCGAUGCGUAUAAAAGCGGAUGAACGUGGGAUUUUUCGUAUCAGUGUGUCUCCCGCGGUCGCACCCAGAGCGCACGGGACGCGUGAAAGUGACCAUCAGCGAACAAGAAGAGACCCACGAGCCCCCCGCUGCUGCUGCUGCCGCUGUCCGACUGCUGUGGUGCUGAAGCGCACAUGCAGCCUGUCCGCCCGCUGACGCACAGCUGAACCCGCCGCCGGAACAAUUGAUGGAUGUGAAGUGCCGAGGAAAAGCAGAAGUGAUGGCUGCACUUUCUCCCGCCCUCGGCGUGUCGCCGGCGGUCUGAGAGCCAGAGCCUGUCCCAGCGAGACGAUCAGUGAGGUGAAUGCUGACGACACCGUUGAAAUGUUACCGAAAUCAAGACGAGCUCUCACCAUUCAAGAGAUUGCUGCAUUAGCGCGAUCCUCCCUACACGGUAUUUCCCAAGUGGUGAAGGACCAUGUGACGAAGCCUACAGCCAUGGCUCAGGGCAGAGUCGCUCACCUGAUUGAGUGGAAGGGCUGGUGUAAGCCCAUGGACACACCAGCAGCCCUGGAAUCUGACUUCAACUCUUACUCAGAUCUUACCGAGGGAGAACAGGAAGCACGCUUUGCUGCUGGUGUGGCCGAGCAGUUUGCCAUAGCUGAAGCCAAGCUGAGGGCCUGGUCCUCUGUGGACGGCGAUGAGUCCAACGAUGACUCAUACGACGAAGACUUCCUGCCUGCCAAUGAGCCCGCCACACAGAGCACAGAUGUGCCAUUGUAUCCUCCUUACUUGAAAGACCUGAUCCACAGCCAGCUCUGCCAGCACCUCGGCCUGAGGGGGCCUUGUUGUGAGGGAGGAAGAGGAGGAGGCGGGGGAGGAGGAGGAGGAGAGGGAGGUGGCAGCGGAGAGCCUUCCCCAACAGCAGGCUCUCCAGACACCUUGUGCUCCAGCAUCUGCAGCCUAGAUGACCAGCACCCACUGCUGCGCGACGUGAGUGGGCACCGUGGCAACCACACCCACAGCAACGCCGCCGAGCUAGCUGCUAAGAUCCUGUCAGCGCUCCAGGGGAGGGAGGAGCUGCUGCUGUCCAGGCUUCAGAGGGCGGGGCUGACCGGGCACAGCGGCGGGGACUGCAGCUUUCACAGCCUGAGCGGGGGUGGGCGGGGCAUUAGGCCCUGCAGGGGCCAGGACUCUCCUUGCUACUCUAUGUCCUACUCUGAGACCUACCUGUCACCUGGUGAGGACGAUGACACGCCCUGUAAGGACUACGAGAACACGGUGUGCCAGGCGGAGGUGGAUGGUAAUGGGGUGGAGUACCCGCCUGAUUAUGACCGGAGCAGGAGGGUGUCCGACGUGGUGUCCUCUGGGGUUGUGUCUCUGGAUGAGGAAGAUGAAGAAGAGGAAGAGAGGCGGCCAAAUAUCCAGUGACUCCUCGCGUUGGUCUUUCAUCCCUCUACAUGGUCUUUUUUCGGGGACUUUCCUUCUUUUU